UUCUAUAACUUACGUUAAAUUUUUUUAUCGUUCAUACGCGUAGUUUAUAAUGUCUAAAAUUUUUGUCAAUCUCGAGUAAGAUGUGUGAUCACUUGCAUAAGUCUCAUAGAAGUGCAGCUCGUUGUCAGAGUUGUCGCACCGCAAAAUAAGAAUGCGGCAAGACAACUCAUGUUUCAUUCCAGACUGUUGAUUCUCGAUUCAACACUUGAUAUAACCAGUCUGGUUGUCCGUGCGAACGUGCAAACAAUCUCCAAGGGUUUGAAAUCUUUAUUAAAUCCUUUUUUUUUACAUACAGAAGAAGUAUUCUAUAAGUAUCAUACUUAAGUGCGUGCCUUUAAAAAUUUGCAAACAACGAUUCGUUAAAAAUUUAAAUAAAUAUGAAAAUCAUUUAUUACUCUCAAAUUUAUCAACUUUUUGUAUAUUUUUUUAGUAAAUAAUUCGUUUCAGAUAAAAAAUUUAUUUAAUGUUUAUUUAAUUAUAUAAAGUGAUUUAUGUAUUCGGAAGAUCGAAUUGUCAGGUAAGAGGAGCUUGAAAGAGCUUUGCCUAUAUCAAUUGAGUCAGAGGUAGAAAUCGAUAUCUGCGUGUUCUAUUUUCUGUAUCUGCAUUUUUGUGCGAUGAAAAUGCGCGGUAUUACGGAAAGAACGCCUUUAAGACAUUUGGAUUCACCCGACUACGUCGAAUUUGCCAGUCUUUUGAGGACUCGAAGAACGCGAAUACGACAGUUUCAAUGCUGUGUUUGCGGUAUCCUGAUAGUGGUCUUCACUAUGGCUCUGGUGAUAUCCAUCAGCUAUUCCAUCAGUCAUACUAAUUCUACCUCCGCGAUCAACAACGCAACAUCCUCUGGAAAUUUAGGUGGUAUCUUGAGAGAAUCCUUAUUAGGAUUUGCACCUGGAUCUACCUCGCACGCGUCCUUCAGCAGCACUGCUAGUGCUAUAAACGAACCCAAUUACAUCCCGAUACAAAACGCGAACAUCGAUACCUCGACGAAGAAUCUCAGUCGACAUGAAUACAUGCAAGGACUACGAGCUGGCGAGCUAGCGAUGAAAAAUCAUUUGUUCGCGGAUAAGAUUGCCACAAAGUUGCCAUCCCCAUCUCCAGAAUCUAGACACCGAUAUGCGAUGAACACGCAUCCUAAUGUCAGUGCUCUUGCUUUGGCAGCGAUAGGUGAAAUCGCAGCUACAAGAACGAUUGAGAAUAUGAGAUCCACUAAAGAUGAAUCUUCGGCGAUCGGUACUUUUUUCGAGAGCGGCUGGGUGCCAAAGAGUGUAUGCAAACGAUAUUUCAAUCACACCUGCAAAAUCGGCAAAUAUAGAACCGUCGAUGGCAGCUGCAAUCGACCGAGAGGAUGGGGUUCCAGCAUGACACCUUUCAGAAGAGUUUUGCCGCCGGAUUACGCCGACAGAAUCGAAUCUCCUCGAAAGGCGCGAUCCGGAAAGGAGUUGCCUUCGGCUAGAGAAGUCAGUUUGAAGAUACACAAACCUUCAGUCAGCAGCAAUCCGUCCUUCACGGUGAUGCUGGCUGUAUUCGGCCAAUUUUUGGAUCACGACAUUACUGCCACCGCGCUCAGCCAAGGUAUUAACGGGAGUUCGAUAGCAUGUUGUUCGCCCACGAAAGAACAACAUCCCGAAUGCUUCCCUAUUCGAAUCGGAACUGGCGAUCCUAUACAUGAUUUGACUAACAGAACUUGCAUGAACUUCGUAAGAUCGGCACCAGCUCCGCGAUGCGAACUCGGCUCCAGGGAACAACUUAAUCAAGUCAGCGCCUUCAUUGACGGCUCAGCCAUUUACGGUUCGAACAACGAGACUACUUGUGAUCUACGCGAGUUUGCGGGCGGUCGUUUAAAAAUGCAGCUCACCCCUGACAACAGAACUCUAUUACCAGCGAGCACGAAUCCUAACGAUGGUUGUAAUCGAGAAGUCGAACGACGUCGUGGUCGUUAUUGCUUCGCCGCGGGUGACGCCAGAGCGAACGAGAAUCUGCAUUUAACUACGAUGCAUCUUCUUUGGGCGCGGCAGCACAACAAGAUCGCUGAUGAAUUGUCCAAAAUCAAUCCCACUUGGGGCGACGAAGUGCUCUACCAGGAAACGCGACGCAUCGUUGGCGCCCAACUCCAGCACAUUACCUAUCGCGAGUUUCUACCCAUCAUCGUAGGCGAUAAAAGGAUGAAGGAACACGACCUGAAGCCCCUUGAUUCAGGAUACAAGAAACAAACGUAUGAUCCAAAUGAUCUGGAGGACGACCCGACGAUAGCUAAUCACUUCGCGGCCGCGGCCUUCCGUUUCGCUCACACUUUACUUCCAGGAUUGAUGAGGAUGACAGACGCAGAGAAGGGUACAUCGUCGUAUGUGGAGCUGCACAGGAUGCUUUUCAAUCCGUAUAGCCUCUAUGCCAGGGACGGCAUCAGAAGUUCGAUCAGCUCGGCCACGACCAACGUCAUUCAAAAAUACUCUACGCAUGUCACUUCGCAGCUGACUAAUAAUCUCUUCGAGGAUCCAGUAGUUAAUUUCACGGUACCUUGCGGUCUAGAUCUGGUGUCGUUGAACAUUCAACGUGGACGGGAUCACGGAUUACCGGGAUAUACUGUGUGGCGGGAAUAUUGCGGACUAGGAAAAGUGAAAACGUUUGAGGACCUCGAAGGGUAUUUGAAUCAUCAGGAUCUGGAGCAAAUGUCGAUGCUUUACGAGUCGGUCGACGAUAUAGAUUUGUAUACUGGCGCGUUGUCAGAAAUCCCUGAAUCGGACAGCCUGGUCGGACCUACGUUUACGUGUUUAAUCAUUGAUCAAUUUGCACGUUUGCAAAAGGGAGAUCGUUUCUGGUAUGAAUACGCCGAGCAACCAUACCCCUUCACAAAAGAACAACUCGCGGAGUUACGCAAGAGUUCGUUGGCUAAAAUAAUAUGCGAUUGUUCCGAUGGAAUUACGCACACUCAGAUGGAAUUAAUGCGAUCUGUUGGAUCUGAUAAUCCUAUGGUAUCUUGCAAAGAUAUACCAGAACCUUCUUUUUUAUUGUGGAAGCAAAAUCUCACUUCCAAUUUAGCGUCAUCGACAAAUGACGGUCAUUAUUAAGCGAUACGAUAAAUGAAUUAUGUUGUGUAAAAAGAAAAUUAGACUUAUAUUCUAUAAUUCAUCUAAAGUCUAAAGCAAAAGGAUUUUUCAAAAAUAAAUUUGGUAUAUGAAUUACAAUAUAUUUAUGCAAUUAUAUAUAUUUAUAUAAUAAUUGCAUUCUGUUCAUUCCUCUCUCUAAAUUAAAAAGUUAUUAAUUUAUCUAUG